AAAAAACACUCUUGACAGUCAUCUGAGUCUUGGAGUUCGUGACAAGAAGGCUUGAAUGUGUCACGCCUAAUGAGCCCGCAAUGCUAUUGUUAUUUCUUAACGAGCAUGCGUGAUUUCCAACCUAAGUUCAAGCAAGCAAAAAACAUUUGUAAACAUUCAAGAAAUUUUCAUAAAAUCCCGAACUUUUCGCCACUUCGAAGAAAUAUUUAAGCUUUAUAUAUCAUUGUAAAUAGUUAUAUAUUUUUAUAAGACACUUUUUAGAAAUAUUUAUUGGCAAAAAUGAACAAAUUCGAAGCGUAAGUUUCAUGAUUUUCAAUUCGUAUUUUUGGACAAUGAAAAUGUUUUCCUGUAACUUUGUAACUCAUGAUUCUUUAUUUUAAAUCGUAGGCUUAAGUUUGAUGACUCAAAUAAUGACGACAACAGCGAUGACAAAGAGGACGAAGAAUGUGAAUCAAGAAAUACGGUAGGUUUAAGUUUUAAUUAGCGGAUAAAGUACAGUAGCAAUGCGCAAGAUUCAAGUUGAUACUCAACAAGGGUGCUGUAUUGUACUGGAUACGAAUCUGGUGUCUUUAACUUUUGUGUCCACUUUAGUUUAUUUAAUGCUGGUCUUCAAUAGCAACCCAACAUGAUAUUGUUAUGAGACGCAGACUGCCAUCACAUUGGCAUAAACAAUCUCUAAAACUGGCUUAAAUGCAGAUUACCCUGUCAUUCAGAACAAAAAUCUUGGUACUGCUUCACAGACAUUACUAACUGAGGUUAAAUUACAUCUGUGACACAGGCUACCGUUCUUCAUGCCUGGGUCAUCUUUUUUGAGGUGUGACAUCUGAACCAGGCUUUAAAGUUAUUUUACCGACCUUCUCAAAGCACCAUGACUAGCAGUUUCUGGUUAAAGAACACAUUAGCAAUAUUGAUCUACACUCACGAUAAGACAUUAGGCUGAUUUAGCAGCGGAAUAGGAACGUGAGUUGACAGCGAUGCAUGCAAAUCAAACAACUGGCUUGACCAAUGGCAGAGCAGCAAAUUGGGCACCUGAAGUUGUGUUUUUUCCUUUCCGCACACUUUCCCGUUGUCAACUGACGUUACCAUUUUGUUGCUAAAUCGGCCUAUUAGUGAACUAGACACCACCACAACAACUCUUGGCAAAACAAACAAAUCCUGCAGUGAAUGGAAAUAAUUAUAUGAAGUGACUCACAUUUUGAACUGCAGAUAAAACAUAUUAAAGUGGAAAUAAUCCUCGCAGUUCAAUAAACAGCCUAAGUGGUUGAAAAAGAACCUGAAAAAUUCAGCCUUGGUGGAGAAUGGAACCCUGACCUUUACAAAUGACCAGACACAGUGCUCUAUCCAUUAAGCUAAUCAAGCCAAUUGGAGAGCAGGCCAUUGUUUAGUCACAUCAGCAUGACUAGGAUCAAAGUGUUUAACAUGCCUUUUUCAUAAAUUUCAUAUUUUAUCUUUAAAAGGAAAGAAAUGGUGAAGGAAUGAAUGGAGGUGAUUUGACAGAGGAAAUGAAGUUCCGGGCUGAGGUACAUGUUACAUGUUUUAAAGUUUGCUUUUUGUUCUUAAGUUUGCCUGUAAUUUCAACAUUUUUACUACAGCUGUAUGUUAUUACAUUGUAUUACAUCAGUGGCAAAAGAUGCCUUGUCCAACACCUGGAUUAGUGGAAUUUUUGCAUCCAUUAGCAUGAUACACUUUAAUCAAUGUGAUACAUGUAAAAUCAGUUUAUUUUUAUUACUGCCUUUAAAAGCCAUUGUUGGUUACAGAGAAAAAUAACAUUUAAGAAUUUGUUCAUGCUUAGCGUGCGUAUAUCGAGUUAUGGAUGCACGCGGGAAGUUUGGAGAGCACGAAAGAUGCGUAAGAGUUGCACGAGGCGAUAGCCGAGUGCAACUCUAGCUUCUUGAGUGCUCUCCAAACUUCCCAAGUGCAUCCAUAACUCGAUAUACGCACAGCUAAAAGCACGAGCAAAUUCUUUUAUAACAUAGCUGACAAAAAUGCUUGCUUUUUGAGUAACUACAAAAUUCUCGUAACACGCUACACAAUAACAAACGCUUCUAUUGGCUGAUUACGAACACAACACAAUCAUCUAGUUUGAAUGAAAAUAUUCUUUCUGUAGCUUUUCUGUAAAACUGAGAAAGAAAAUUUGCGUCUUUAUUCGUUAACGAUCAAUGGAAACUAAGCAGAAACGAAGGUAAAAGAGUCUUAAAGUUCACCUAAAGUUAAAAUACUAACAUGUUCGUAAGAAGUCGUGGAGUAUGCUUUGGAUUUGCUGAAAAGAUGUUUACGUUUUGGUCGGCGAAAUCCAGAAAACAUGUUUUUAGCGAAGACGACUGUCAUCCUUCUUUAAACUCAUAUUCACUUACAAACAUUGGCUGGUCAUUGCGGCUUCUUGAGAAGACCUAGCAGCAGUUGUUUUUGUGAGUAAAAAAUUUAUGUCUUCUUGUGUAAUUUGUGUUGUUAUUGCGAGAGAAAUCUUCCUGCUUCAGUCGGAUUGUCCGGAGAUAACAAAAGUGCAUAACAAAUUUAAAAGCAACAAUAAAAACGGAAAUUUAACCUCUUAAUGUUGUUGAUGACCAGUUGGUGUCUGUUCUGUUCCCAGUGAAUGUCUUUCGGCCAAAAUUUGCUGCAGCUGGUCUUCCGAAAAAUUUGCGAAACGCGCAACAUGCGAGUUUUUUUAAUUCGGCUCUAUUUUUGCUGCUUGUUGGAUCAGGACCUAAAAGGUCAAUGCCGAUAGAAAAAUUGGGCAGUUCCUCGCUGGUUUCUUCCAUAUUUUAAAGAGAAGGAAAACUGCACUGCAGCUUAAAAGACGACAACUCUGCAGCCAGGUAAAAAAAAAAAUGCUUACGUCAUGUUAUUUACGCACGGGCGUGCGUAAAUAAAGAUUUUGUUCAUAGCGGCUCAAUAGGACUUAUAUAGGGCAAGCACGCGCACUAUGUUAUAAAAUUUUUUUGUGCUUUUUUCUUUCAGCUUGAGAAGAAAGUUGUGACUGUAGGUGAAGGAGAACAUCCAUUGCAAUGUCCGCACGCAUUUUGGUUUUCACGAAGACCUCAAGGCAAGCCUCAGGCAUCCACUAACUAUGCUGACAACAUUAAACUUGUUGGAAAAUUUGCAUCAGUAAGUUUUCCUUUGUAUAGAUUCCUGGAUUACCUUAGAAUUAGAAUAAUAUAACCUUUUUUUCCGUUUUUCUUCUUUUUUUUUUUUCACCACUCAGGUAGAACAGUUUUGGGGUUUUUACAGCUACCUGGUCAGGCCUGGUGACUUAACUGGACACAGCGACAUUCACUUGUUUAAGGAUGGCAUCAAGCCCAUGUGGGAGGUAGGUUAUCUUUUUGAAUCCUUUAAGAAGAUGGAGCACCUUCCUGAGGAGACAGAGUUUUACAAAUAUUUUAUAUCAUUGAACAAUAAUUUACCACCAAAAAAGUACUCUGUUUUUAGAGUUACAUGGCUGUACAGCAGCUGUUAUACAACUAAGAAAAAUUGAAGGGAUCACAGUGCUCUGAACUUGUGAAAUCCAGGGUAACCAGCAAAGGAAGUGAAAAAAAAUUUUCUAGUCGCCCGGCACUAGGGUCCACCACACUCUCCUACAGCACAGCCCUGUCAUUUUUUUAGGAGGGGUAAAACAGGACUCCCAGCAGGAGCAAGUAGCACCAGCAAUAAACUCAACCCACAUAUUGUUAAUGCAGGGAUUACCCAGGUGCCCAAGGUCUCGGAUUAAGCCAAAUUUCAAGCACAGUUUUCUUGUCUGAGAACAUGCAACAUGAGGUUUCAGAAUACCAUUGAGCCUUCGCUAUGAGAUACAGUAAUGAUAACACAAAAUGUUACCCUAAGCAAUGCAUUGGAAUGUAACAUACAAACAUGGAACAAAAUUUUAAUCCUGGAUUAACGCUAAUCGGCCUUCCGGGAACCAGGUCCAGAUCUAUGAACAUUGGUGGGAGACAAGUUCUCUCUCUUUUAGCUGUGCUAUGGUGGCUCUUAAGAGUUGAAUAUUAAAGUUACCCUUUAUUAUCGUGUUCUUUAUAAAUAUGUCUUUCUAGGAUGAGGCAAAUAAGCAUGGGGGAAAGUGGAUAGUUCGCCUGAGAAAGGGGCUCGCAUCAAGAUGCUGGGAGAACCUGGUAUGAAAAGUAAUUAAAAAAGAAAGAAAAUAAGAAAACCAGUCACUGUCGAACUCUAAAAACUGUGAACAUCCAAAAUUUUUUAAGCACAAAUUGUGCUGCAAAGAAAAAGUCUAUCAAGGGUGUGAAAACUACAUGAUAAAUGCAAACAGCUUGUUUAAUAAGUUUGUGGCUUUUUGGUCUCCUCUAUGUGGUCUGUGGUCAGUCUUUGUUGUGAUAUGGCCACUACAUGUAAUGAAACGUCUUGAAAUAUAUCGCCCGUUCGUGGUUUUGCUGAAUUUCAUGGGUAAUAAAAUAAAAUAACCAUUUAUUGGUGAUUAAUAAAAAUGUUUUGCGUGAUAUUAUUAUUUUAAAUAUAAAUUAAUCUUGAGAAUAUUGAAUGUAAAGGGAAAAAAGUAAAAAAAAAAAAAAGACUUCUUUAUAGACCUGGGUUACCCAAUUACUUGUAAACCAGUAGUUUUCAUUGUGGUGAAUUGUGUGCUUUAUUUAUGUAUUUUAGAUACUGGCAAUGCUUGGAGAGCAGUUUAUGGUCGGAAGUGAGGUCUGUGGGGCUGUCAUAUCAGUUCGAUUCCAGGUCAGACCCAAGUUUAAAAAAAAGGUUUUCAUAGAGUCAAGAGUCUGAUGAGUAUGCAUGGUCCUUAUUGUCUUUUUAAUAAUACAUACAUUAAUAAAACAUCUGCAAAUUAAUUUAAUACUUACUGUCAGUACAAAACCAAUGUGUCAAAGAUUGCAAUUUGACUUUGCCUAGUGUCAUACUGUAGAUAAUAUUUCUAUUAUACAUUGUAGAAACAUCAAUAAAAUACAAACUGUACCAGGUGAGCUUUCACGUAAAAACACCUUAUCUUCAUUUCACACAUAACACAGUCAACCCUGCUAGGACUGCCAUUCACUUUUCACGGAAAAAGUGCAAACGAAGUGGUUUGGUGUCUCAUUGGUGUUUGUAUAAAAAAAAAGAACAAUCACAUGCUCAACUGGAGAUAUGAAAUAUCUUUCCUAUUGUCGAAAAAUAGCGGUAUUUCACUUGUUCACAGCACAAAACAAACCACAAUUUUCUAUCUUUUUAGGAAGAUAUCAUCUCAAUAUGGAACAGAAAUGCUGCAGACCAAGCAACCACAACAAGAAUUAGGUAAGUUCCUAGUCUGUAAAUUUAUUUUUAAAAAAAUCACACAAUUCUAAAAGCCCCCCCACCCCCCCCCCCCCCCCCCCCCCCCCCCCCCCCCCCCCCCACAAAACCCACAAAAACAAAAAAUAUCUCCUAUUUCAAUUUAAUUUUAUAUUUUUUUUUUUUUCUUUUUACUUUUUUAUAUAUUUAUGAAUUCAUAUUGUAAGGUGUAUGUUGAUUUUUUCUAUUUCUUGUUUUACUCCAAAUAGGAAACAAAAUCCUUCACUCAAAGCAACCAAAACAAAAAUUAGGUAAUUUCCUAUGUCUUAAAUUUUUUUUUAAAAAAAACCACAAAUCUCAAAGCCCCCCCCCCCCCCUCCCCUUGAAUACAAAAUCUCCAAAUUUAAAAUGGUAUACGUCUCUUAUACAUUAAAUAUUAUUGUAUUAUUUUGGACCUCUUACAUGAGGUUUGCAAAGUGGUAUUCAGGCUGUCAGUAAGAGCUGGACGCUUGGAUUUUAUUUCCCCUGACCUCUUAUAUGAACAUGACCUGGCUACUUUGAGAUGAAACAAAAGGAAUAGAAAACAUAGAGAUCUUUCUAGCUUUUCAAUUUUCUGCUGACUAAUUGCAUAAUUAUACCUGACAACUUGAAAUCUUAGUAACAGCCCUGUGUCUAUCAAAGUUUUCCUCCUGAAGUUAAAAAAUAAACGAAGGGAAGAAUUGAACCACAACAUACACAUGUAUCAUGCCAUGACUCAUGUAGAAGCAGUGAUACAGAAAAAAAAUAAAUUAUUAUGAUGACUCCUCUAUGACUGGUGACCCUACUCUCCAUAGUGCCUCCAGCAGCUCAGUGGUUAGAACUCGGAUGGUCAUGAGUUCAAUUCUCACCUGAAGCUCAGAAUUUUUCCGAGCUUUCUGGUGUUAGAAUUCUCUUACACUGUACUUCCAAAUUAUAAUAUUUUUUUGCAUGUGGCAUCAUGUUCUAUGUAGGUUUGUGUGGCUAAACAAAAUUAUUCUUCCUUUUUGAUUAAGGGACACACUGAAAAGAGUACUGAACCUACCACAGAAUACAAUCAUGGAAUACAAGGCCCAUCAGAGCAGCUUAAAGUAUGACAAAUUAAUUUGAUUAGUGAGUGCCUUAAUUUAAUAAGACACAAAACUUGUGUCUUCACAUCAGACAUCUUUUACUAAAGGCUUAUUAUUAUUACAAACGACAAGAACAGCCCACAAUCCUAAUUUCAAGGUUGCUAUUGUGCAUGCCUGGCACAAUUUUUUAUAUAGCCAGCUUUGUUUGGAUUUCCACUAGGAAUAAGUGGAAUGCACAGUAUGUAAUCUGAUCACACAUGUUUUGACCAUCUAUUACUUGAAACGUACCAAAAGCCCAGUAUCAGAGUAAAAGCAUUUUGACAAGUUUUCGAGCAUUCCACCCCACACUCAGUGACUGUAACCUUUGGUUAUUACUAGUUUAUAAUAAUAAGUUAUGCUCAAUAAUUUUUAGGUAACUGUAAAUAAUGGUGAUAGGACUGAGUGGAGUCCAAUUCAGUCUGAAAUCAUACAAGUGAUUAACAAAAUCAGACGACCCCAUUGCUGCAGUCCAAUUUCUUUAAUCACAAGUAUGAUUACCGACUGAAUUGGAUCACACAAAGUUCUGUUACCAAAUUACCAAAACUAUAACAAAAUCUGUGAUAUUUCAGGCUUAGGCAUUUAUUAACCUGUACACAGGCUAGCAUUUAAAUGCUCGUAGCGGUGGUGUGAACAUGUCGAAUUUAUCACACGCGUGACGCUUACUGUCCUAUUACACUGUCCUAUUAGUGCUGAAAUCAGGACAGCCCUAUCUCCCUUUGCAAAGUUCUACUCAAUGUCGCUUAGUAAAGUUACUCAGUGUCAACAAAAAAUAUUUUUCUCAACUUUAAUCACUGAUUGUAAACUCAUUGUUUAUUUUCAGGGAUAACUCAAGUUUUAGAAAUACAGAUGUCUUCAUGAGAUAGAACCCAAGUUGGCCCACAAUAAACAAGAACUUUCUGUUACCUUGAGCAACUUCACAACAGAUACAAAUUAAAAGUCUUCAUAACAGCAAAAAAAUCUUGUUUUUGUUACAAGACCCAUUCUCUCCUAACAUUGGUCAGCGAAAAAAUUCACCAAAAAAAUUAA